AUGAAUAUUAAAGAACUGAUUCGUUGGUUUCGUGAGUAUAUUUAUUACUACAAUCUUUUUAUACCUGAAGAAAAUGAUUAUGAUGAUGACGGCGAAAACAGUACAAGAAAAGAUCCAAGAAUAAUUCUUAAACAUCAACUAUAUGCUACUCGAUUGUAUGUUCCUCUUCUCAUCAUGACCGUAUAUAUUGUAACUUUCAUUGUUGUUAUCAUUCCACCAACUCAACAGAUAUCCAUAUCAAACAUUACUCCAUUACUUUUCAAUCAACUAUAUCGUGAUCAUGCUGAAACACUUUCUUGUUCAUGCUCAUCAAUUAACAUACCAUACAAAAGUUUCGUCACAAAUACAAUAUCAUUUCAUCCAGUAUGUUCAAGUGUUUUUGUCAGUAAAGAAUGGAUUGAAGCACUUUAUUCACCAUAUGCCAGUGCAUUCUUAGUAAUGGAUUUUCGAAAAACUGCUGGUUCUCAAGUGAGUAAAUCUUUUGGAUGA